CACGCUUUCAGCACAUGCUCACCCGCACACGCACCGCACACGCACCGCACGCUUUGGCAACGCGGUCGCACUGUACCCGGUCGAACACCCCCUCCAAUCGCCUUCACUUCACUCACCCUCCCUCGUUUAGCGGGCCCGGCGCGUGUUUUAGAGGGCUAUCCCCCUCGACCCUCGACGCACCGACACAAUCCCAAGCACGUCCAUCCAUCUCCAGCUGGCCUCGGUCGGUCAGUGUCGGUAUCUGUUCCCUCUUUCUCUCAUUCUCGGCUCUCUCUCUUGUUGUCUCGUCCUUUCCCUCCGUCACCUACGUCACUCACCAUCUGCCCCUCUCCCAUCCCUGUCGACGGCCCAGCAGCCUUGCCGCCCAGGUUUUUCUUCGGACCUGUCCUGUACUGUACUGUCCCGUCCUCUACCUAGGUACUGUCCCGUACUGCAUCAUCCAGUACAGUAGGUCGGUAGGUAGGUACCGUCUUGCGUCCCCCAGCGACACUCGACUCCACCGUCUCAAAGGCGCCGCCCACCGCCGGCGCCCGCUCCAGUGCCUGGUUCGUACAUGACUGCAGCUGCACUUGGGCUAGGUACUCUGCUGGGUACUCUUCCAGGUACUCUUCUAGGUACUCUUUACAUUAACCACACCCGCUACAGCGCCGCCGCUACGCCCCGGUGCCACAUCAAUCCUGCUGGGCGCGACAUCUGCCUCAACCCACAACCGACAGCCUGGCCCAGCACCUGGCGCACCCCCGGCCUGACCUGACCUGACCUUGGCAUACCUCUCCCAUUCUACUGGGACCGACGCACGACAAACCUCGACACAACCAACAACAGUCACACACUUACUACUGCCCGCACUCACACUCUCUCACACACACCCCUCCCCUCUCACGUUCCGCUGCCUUCGCCUGCCUCUCUCUCUCUCUCUCUCUCUCU